AUGGCGUCCACCGCCCGGAACUUUCCAUUUGUCAGAUUGGGUGACGGGAUAAAAAUCCCACUGCUUGGGUACGGCAGUGGGACUGCCUGGUAUAAAAAGACAACGGAUGAGAGUAUAGAUCGCGAACUUGUCAAUUCCAUAAAAACGGCUAUUCGAUUGGGAUAUCGUCACCUUGAUGGGGCCGAGGUCUAUGGAACGGAGCCUGAACUGGGUCUUGCCAUUAAAGAAAGUGGCGUUAUCCGGGAAGACUUAUUUGUGACGACGAAGGUGAAUACCAACAUCGCUGACAUCCCGGGGGCCAUUGAUCUGAGUCUUCGGAAGCUCCAGCUCAGCUACGUCGAUUUGUAUAAAGCUUGGGCUGUCAUGGAACGGGUUAAGGCCGCUGGCAAAGCCCGGUCCAUUGGAGUUUCCAAUUUUCUCCAGGAGCACCUUGAAGCCAUCUUGAGUACAGCCACAACGCUUCCGUCGAUCAACCAGGUUGAGUUCCAUCCUUACCUUCAACACGGUAAUCUGCUAGAAUUUCAUCGAGACAGAGGCAUUAGAACCGCUAGCUAUGGCCCCUUGACCCCGAUCAAUCGCGCCAGGGGUGGUCCCCUUGACCAGAUGUUGUCCGGUCUGGCCAAAAAGUACGCGGUCGGUGAGGGAGAGAUCCUGUUGAGAUGGGUUAUAGACUGUGGUUCCGUGGCGAUUACGACCAGUAGUAAAGAAUCCCGCCUGAGUAGCUACCUGCGUGCACUUACCUUCAAGUUGACACCCAAGGAAGUUAACGAACUGUCCAGACUAGGCCAGAAGGCACAUUUUCGAGCGUUCUGGCGAAAUAAAUUCGCUCCUUUCGACCAUUCAUAG